GCCCCCUUUUCCACGGAUGACUUUGUUUAUGAUAAGAUUGGCAAAUCUCUGGCCUAUAGAAUCAAGCUAUUCACCAUUUUUUUUUCUUUCUCUCCAGUCUUCACAGCAACUUGAGAAACCUUGCCAGACUUUUUCAUUUUAAACUCUGGCUCCCAAUUAAAAAAUUUGAGCUAUACUUUGUGGCUUAAAUUAAUGGAGAUCUCAUCCAUGGGUGUGAGGAUUUGGUCAGUAUUCAUGCAACUGUUUCCCCUGAUGAUCAUCACUUUGGCCUCUUCAAAUCUGAGAGGAAAUGAGGUGGAAAGACUGUCCUUGCUUGCCUUCAAAUCUGAAAUUGUCAGUGAUCCUCUGGGCAUCCUUAGCUCCUGGAGUGAUUCCUCCAACUUAUGUGAUGAGUGGCGAGGGAUUACUUGCGGCCGAAGACACCCGAGAGUCACGGUUCUGGACCUCCAGUCAAGCCAGCUGACGGGUACCCUAUCUUCACACAUCGGAAACUUGAGCUUUCUCAGGACAUUAAAUCUCCAAAACAAUAGCUUCCACGGCACCAUCCCUCAAGAAGUUGGUCGAUUGUCCCGGCUGCAGGGACUACACCUCGGGUACAACUUGUUCAGAGGUUAUAUCCCCAUCAAUAUAUCACAUUGUUCUAAUCUCCAAUCUCUUGUUUUGGCUACUAACCAUCUUACUGGCAAAAUUCCAAUAGAAAUUGGCUCAUUGUUGAAGCUUGAAGAACUUAAUGUGCGCAGGAACAAUUUAUCAGGGGAAAUUCCCCCUUCCCUUGGAAAUCUUUCUUCUCUUGAGAUUCUUUCUGUGGAAGGAAAUAAUCUGCAAGGUGGCCUCAUGAAUAGCCUUGGGAAAUUGAAAAGCAUAAGAGUUCUUGCAUUGGGUACAAAUAGAUUGACUGGUACCAUCCCUCUCUCCAUAUACAACCUUUCUUCCAUUGAACACAUUUCUGUGAUUGGAAACCAAUUUCAUGGAACUCUUCCUUCUGGGUUGGGCUGCACAAUAUUUCCAAACCUUCAAGCCUUUCAUUUCCAAAUGAACAGAUUCAGCGGACCAAUUCCAUUUACAAUCUCAAACGCAUCCCACCUUUCACAGUUUUUGAUCUCUAAUAAUAGUUUUACCGGAAAGGUCCCUAGUCUGGCAACUUUGUCCAAUCUGGUACGGUUGGAAAUGGAUGAUAAUAAUCUUGGAAAUGAGGAUGGUGACUUGGAUUUUCUCUCUUCUCUGGGUAAUUGUACCAGUUUAGAACGUGUAAAUAUUAGUGGGAAUAAUUUUCAAGGAGUGCUACCUGAAUCUAUCAGCAAUUUCUCAACAAAGCUCAAGGUAAUGAGCUUAGGAAGGAAUCAGCUACGUGGAAGCAUUCCUACAGGGAUAGGAAAUUUCAUCAACUUGUUUGAAUUGAGCUUCGAGGAAAACCUAUUGAGGGGACCUAUACCGAGUUCAAUAUGUAAGCCAAGUAAACUGUACAAUCUGUUUAUAAACCAUAAUCAGUUAUCAGGUACUAUCCCAUCUUGUUUGGGAAAUCUAACUUUGUUAAGCAGAUUAGAUCUCAUGUCAAACAACUUAAAAGGAGGCAUACCAAAAAGUCUUGGUCGAUGCAAGUAUUUGCAAUCUUUGGUUCUUUCUCAAAAUAAACUUAACGGUUCUAUUCCGCAAGAAGUCAUCGGUUCAUCAGCUUUAUCACAAGUUUUGGAUUUGGAUUUAUCCAAUAACCAAUUUACUGGUAACAUUCCCAUUGAAGUAGGUUCUUUGUCUAAUAUUGCUUCUUUGAAUCUUUCUGGAAAUAGGUUAUCUGGUGAGAUUCCAGCAGAAAGCUUAAGGGGAUGGGGACAAUUGGAAAGUUUGGACCUCUCUCGUAACAACUUUUCAGGAACAAUUCCUGUUUAUUUGCAGAGUUUCCCCUUCUUGCAGCAUUUGAACCUCUCAUUUAAUGAUUUUGAAGGUGAAGUACCAAAUGAAGGAGUAUUCAGGAAUACAAGUGUGGUUUCUCUCGUGGGAAACAGACGACUUUGUGGAGGUGUACCUCAGUUGAACUUGCCUAAAUGUAUCUCCAAUCGAUCUAACUCAAAUUCCAAUCGAUCCAAUUCAAAUAAGCCAAAAUCAUUUUCCAAGUUGAAACCAAUUAUCUCAUUCUUUUGUGGGGUAAUUGGAGUUUUCUUAGUGGCGGCCGUGUGCUUUGUGCUCCUCUAUAGAUCAAGAAAAGCAAGAGUUGAGCCAAGAAAAGCAAGAGUUGAGUCAAGAAAAGCAAGAGUUGAGCUAACAAAAGCAAGAGUUGAGCCAAGAAAAGCAAGAGUUGAGCCAAUAAAAGCAAGAGUUGAGCUAACAAAAGCAAGAGUACUUGAGCCAAGAAAAGCAAGAGUUCAGUCAACUUCAGAACUAUCAUUGGAUAUUUCAUUCUUAAAGUUGUCAUAUGGAGAUCUACUUCAAGCAACUGAUGGGUUCUCUUCUUGGAAUUUGAUUGGUGCUGGUAGUUCUGGUUCUGUGUACUGGGGAGUUCUCAAUCAGCCAAAAGAAAGAAUUGUUGCUGUCAAAGUACUCAAUCUUCAAAAGGCAACUACUUCUAAUAGUUUCAUAGCUGAAUGUCAAUUCUUGAAAAACAUUAGGCACCGAAAUCUUGUCAAACUAGUGACUGCUUGCUCAAGUACUGAUUUUCAAGGAAAUGAGUUCAAAGCUUUGGUUUUUGAGUACAUGAUGCAUGGAAAUCUAGAUGAGUGGCUGCAUGAUUCAGCUGACAGAGUAGUUGAGCUACCCAUUGUGGAGGUGCAUUUGAAUCUUAUCCAAAGGGUCAAUAUUGCCAUUGACAUAGCUAGUGCUUUGGAUUAUUUGCACAAUUAUUUUCACAUCCCAAUAGUUCAUUGUGAUUUAAAGCCCAGUAACGUUCUCUUAGAAAAAGACAUGACUGCCUGUGUUUGUGACUUUGGUUUGGCAAGUUACCUCCCAAACACUUCUUGUCCGGUUUCUUCAGUAGAACGCUCUUCCAAUUCGAUAAUGGGUUCCAUUGGCUAUAUUGCCCCAGAGUACGGCAUGGGAGAUGAGGUGUCAACCUACGGAGACGUGUAUAGCUAUGGAAUCCUAUUACUGGAGAUGCUUACUGGUAAGAGGCCAACAGAUGAUAUGUUUGCAGAUGACAUGAACUUGCACAAUUUUGUGCUGAUGGCUUUGCCUGAACGUGUGAAAGAAAUAUGUGAUCCGGUGCUUCUUCAAGGACAAGAAAGCAGCACUAGUUCAAAUCCCACAAGCACUAGGAAUAAUGUCCAAAAUGAAACAUACAGAGUUGAAGAGUGCCUUAUUUCCAUUGCUAGGAUAGGAGUUGCUUGUUCGGCGCAAUUGUCCAAAGAGCGAAUGGAGAUUGGGAAAGUUUUAGCAGAACUACGUGUAAUCAUGGAUGUGCUGACUGGAACCAGGAUGCCUAGAGAGAACAUGAUCACUGCCUAAGGCCUUAGCUGCCAAUGAUACAGUUGGUUGCGGGACAGUCCAACACAGUGUGACGGAUAAAGCAGCUUUCACUAAUUGGUGAGUACAAUAUUACAUUUAAUUAUGUAAAACUCCCAAGAAUGUAUUCAGAUCGAUGUUACUAAAACAGUUCAUUCAGUCAUUUGUAUUUAUUCACAGGGAAAGUAGAAAUAACCAAACUGAGAAUACCUUUGUUUGCGGUGUUCUAAUUGAGAA